CGUACGAAUUAACAUUUGAUAACGACAUACGAAACCUGCACAUCACAUGGACUAAUUUGUAUAACGACAUACGAGACCUGCACAGCAUAUGGACAAAUAACAAGUCCAAUGUCCUGUCUAUGAGAUUUGAUAUUCCUGACAAACAGAGUUCACCAACAAUAUGCCCGUCUGUGUCUUAUGUUCAGUUUAACCUGUCAUCGUGCAUCAAGCUGAACUAUUUGGUACUAAAUGGAAACGGCAUACUGCUAAGUGAUUGUGCAAGUACGUCAACAGCUGAACCUCUCGUCGGGAUUGUUCUAACAAGUGUAGAUCCAUCCCAGUGUGUAGAUCCUCCUCGAGUACUGCCCUCUAUAGAAGACAUUAAAAUAUGCGAUGUCACAUGUUCCUCCACCGGUCUACGCAGUCUGUUCGGCACGCUGCUAACUCUCGAUCACGUGGUGACGUGUGACCUGCGGAUGAUCUAUAUCGAAUGUGAAGAGGCAGCAGAAAUAGAACUAUGUGCAUUUAUACAUAAAGAUUUAAACAAUUCCUUCAACAUACAAACUAAUAAUGACAAUCCCUAUCUGUUUAAGGCUCUGCAUGGUCUAAAUAUCAAGAGCCUGAGUGCUAAGUGGGGAGUUUUUGACGGGUCUCAUGAAGAGUCGCUGUCGCAGUCACUAGCAUCGUUCACACAGCUGGAAACGCUUAGUAUUCAAGUGUGGUCUGGCAGUCCCGAACUGUGGAAGGCUCUGCAUGGUCUGAAUAUCAAGAGUCUUAGCAUUAUUGAAUAUUUGAACGUGGAUCAUGUAGAGUCGCAGUCACUAGCAUCACUCACACAACUGGAAACGCUUACACUAUAUGUGAAGAAAUAUAAACAGCUUGAGCUACCUCAAUCAUUGAAGUAUUUAAAUAUAUAUUGUAAUGCUUUGCUUCCAUCCAAAAUUCUUGAACUGGUGGACACACUGCCUACAUGUACUCAGAAAGUUGGAAGUAAUCUGAAAUUGUCAUGCUCUUUAGCGUUCUUAACUGUCGUAAACAUCCCACUUGAGGAAUACACUGCCAUCCAACAGGAACUGGAAACGCGGAAGAAUGUUACAGUGGAAAGAUUCCAAAUAACAGACGGGAAACUUGAAACCAUUUUUUUUAAACAUUGCCAAAAAUUCAACGAUUUGUCUUAAUCAACAAUGACUAAAAUCGUGCCUAGCCGUUUAAGAUACCACUCAUGUUUAUCAACUAUGUAUUUGUUAAUUGUAUAUAUUAAAGAAACUCAUGUGUGUGUCAACAAAGAAUCAAAACCGAUGAACGAAAACAAAUGUAGUGUUUUGACAGACAAAAGAAGGAUCUCCACAUGUAAAACUACAGUAUUGAGGAAAACUUGCACGGUGUAUAUUAUUUAAUUAGUAAAAAGUACAUGCUAUAUUCACUUAUACCUUUACCGUAUUUAUAGAUAAGCUCUUAAAAAUGUUCACGCCAUUAUCGCAUUUUAUAAUUGUUCUAUAUUUUUAAAUUCAAUGUGUUCUACUUUAUGAACCAUUCUAAAUGCAAACAUAGCUCCAGAAACAUCAGGACAGCAAAUCGUGUUAUCACUCAGGAGUCAAUGAAUCCACCGCCUCAUCCAUACAAGACAAUACACAGCACAUAUGACUCGCCCUCCAGGAAAACGUGGCUUAUCAGGGACGACACUUUUUCUCUUGACAAUAUUUCUUUUAGAAGAAACUUCAUUUAAAACAAAAAGGCUUAUCAGAGAGACACUUUCUGACUUUACAGCAUUUUCUUUUGGACAAAACUUCAUUAGAAAAAUUCCAUAAAAGUUGAAAGUGUUGUCCCUGAUAAGCCUGUGCCGACUUUACUUUACGCUACUUUAGGUACAUUCAUUUAGCCCCAUUUUCCCAGAACGAGGCUUAUGUAUACACAUUACGAGAUACGAAAUAUGCGAAUUGUACUACUGUUGAAAAAAGCGAAAAUUCCAACUGAACAAACAAAUGAUGAAAUCGACUGGGGUAUGGUGGCGCAUAUUAACAGCCUGUUGAGAUCAAUAGUUGUGUCAAAUGACAUAACAUGGUCACUGUAUUCAACGUGCAAACGUGAUUAUGAAUUAAAAAUAAAAAUGCAUGUGGUGACACGAAAUUUGCUAUUUCAGAAAGCAGUACAUUUUUAACACUUAAUAUUACAUGAGUUUUAAAGUGAUUAAACCAAAGACGUGUAGAUAGUGUAGUUUAAUUGCGGAUUUAUAAUCAACGCUUGUAACAUAUAUCCACUCUUGUAUAUCUUGUGAUGUAACAUUACACAUUUCAUGUCAGAUUUUCAUGAACGCUUGCUUCGAAGUGUGUUCAUUGUUGGAACAGGUCUACAUGAAAAGUCGUUAAUCAACGGUAUUUCCAUAUUUAUAGUAAAACUUAUUAAAACGAUACAACAUUGCUCUUUUUUUCGGUAGAUGUUUAUCUAAUAACAAUGUUGUAUUUAAUAUUGAUGUAACAGGGUUGAAAUAUUCAUUUCAAGUAUUCUGUUCAUUUGUUCUGUUUUAAUGUAAUUAUUUCCCUUUAACUCAUUGUGUUAACUUAUUUAGCUGUGAUCCGGUGGCCAGUCUAAGAGUUAAACUAGAGUCAGUCAAGCAUGUGAUUAUCAUAUUUCCAGUUUAUGUAAUUGUUCAGUCAGGCUUGAUCAGUGAUUUUCCCGCUCUUUCCUUCGUCUACUGGUCACUUUAAACUUGGACACAGAACUGUAAACGUCUACUUUUAUCUUAUAUAUUUUUUCUUCGAGGGUUGCUAUUACUUCAAUUUAAGGUUAGUUCUAUUUCUACCUUUUUCAUUUACUCUUUCUUGUACUUGCAUUUAGUUGUAUUUAUGUUGUGAGUUUAUAUAACUCAUAUUUGAUAAGUAAUAAGGUUAAAUUCAGAAAAGCAGCAUUGUGAUCCUAAAGUGCUAACGAUUCAUAUAAUUCACAGUUUCCCAUACUCUUCACAUUUAUAAUCUUAUUUGAAGCAUAAGCACAGCACCCGCCGAGAUUGUAAUUAUAGAAAGAGAGUUCCGUACACAUUCAACAAAUGGUAAGCGAGAACGAGAAAGAGUUGAGAUAUCAUGUAAUUGAAUGUUUAUGCUG